AUGCCUUUGCCAGAACUUCAAAAAAAAGCUCCUGAAUUUAAAGGAAUUGCUGUUAUUAACAAGCAAUUCAAGGACAUUUCUUUGGAUCAAUAUCGAGGAAAGUAUCUUGUUUUAUUCUUUUAUCCGUUGGAUUUUACAUUUGUGUGCCCUACCGAAAUAAUUGCAUUUUCCGAUCGUGUUAACGAAUUUAAAAGCAUCGGUUGCGAAGUUGUUGCCGCUUCUUGCGACAGCCAUUUUUCACAUUUGGCUUGGACCAACGUACCUCGUAAAGAGGGUGGUGUGGGAGACUUACAAAUUCCAUUAUUGGCCGACAAAUCGUUUAGCAUUGCCAAGGCUUAUGGAGUUUUAAAUGAAGAAACUGGAGUUCCAUACAGAGGAUUGUUCAUUAUCGAUGAAAAUCAAAUACUUCGUCAAAUAACUGUGAAUGAUUUACCUGUCGGACGGUCAGUUGAUGAAACGUUGCGACUUGUUCAAGCAUUCAAAUAUACAGACAAACAUGGUGAAGUUUGUCCAGCUAAUUGGAAGCCAGGUUCAAAAACUAUGAAACCAAGUCCAAAAGAGUCUCUCGAUUAUUUCAAACAAGUGGAUUAA